GUUUCCUAAAGUGUCAAUUAACCAGGGUAGGGUCAUCGACGUCAAACACCACGUAGUCGAUUAAAUUAAAUAAAAUAAAAAUCAAGAAUCGUGUAGUACGAUGAAGAUACAACAACACGUUUUUUCUGCACCGAUUGGUCCAAAAAUGGAUAUUUAUUAAUUGAUUGCGACUUAAAAUUGUUGUUGGAAGUUUGGUUAUGCGUACGCUACCCCGCCCCGAGUGACACUGUUGACACUGUUGACAGUGUUGACACUUGUUAUUUGACAACCGCCAGCCGUCAAAAUGUGUUUAGCUGGCACCUCGUAUUCAAAUCCGAAUAAUCCGGUGACACGAUGGCAAAUCUCGAAGAAUUCGAAAUAAAACUGAAGCAGCUCAACCAAGAACACCUUUUACAAUUUUUCCCCAGUUUUAGUGAUGAAGAGAAAGAAAACUUCCUGCAACACCUCCAAAGCCUUGAUUUAGACGAGUGCACAGGUUUGUUCGAAAGAGCGAAGAAGUACAUGACCCACACCCCCCAAACCGACGACAUGAAACCCAUUCCACCGUCUCAGUUCGAAGCCGAAGAAAGCUGCGACUCCGAAACGCUAAAAAAGUACCGAAACUUGGGUCUAACCGCGAUCGCAGACGGACAAGUCGGAGUGCUCUUGAUGGCCGGGGGGCAAGGCACCAGACUCGGCGUCACCUACCCCAAAGGCAUGUACCCCAUCGGGCUCCCCUCGGGCAAAACCCUGUUCCAAAUCCAGGCCGAGCGCAUCCGGAGGGUGCAACACCUCGCGAAGAAACACACCGGGAAAAGCGGGAAAGUGACGUGGUAUAUAAUGACCAGCGGCCCCACGGACGAAAUGACCGACUCGUUCCUCAAAGACCACAACUUCUUCGGGUUGAACUCGGAUGAUGUGGUUCAGUUCAAACAAGGCCUGCUGCCGUGCUUCGACCUCGACGGGAGAAUACUUCUCGAAGCCCCGAAUCUAGUGGCGCUCGCGCCCGACGGCAACGGCGGGAUUUACCGCGCUUUGGAAAAAAACGGCAUCCUCAAAGACAUGCGGAGGCGGGGCGUCAAGUACAUCCACGCCCACAGUGUUGACAACAUUUUAACAAAAGUGGCCGACCCGGUUUUCGUCGGGUAUUGCAUCGACAAAGGCAGCGAUUGUGGCGCCAAGGUCGUGAAAAAGGCGGGGCCUACAGAGCGCGUAGGCGUGGUCUGCCAAAUCAACGGGCGGUUCCAAGUGGUCGAAUACAGCGAAAUCUCGGAAGAAACCGCCCACUUGCGGGACGAAAAAGGCAACCUGAUUUACAGCGCCGGGAAUAUUUGUAACCAUUUUUUCGCUGCGAGUUUUCUCGAAAAAGUUAGUAACGAGUUCGACAAAGAGCUGAAGUUGCACGUAGCGAAGAAAAAAAUCCCUUUUGUGGGUGGAGAUGGGGGCGUGGUGAAACCGACGACGCCCAAUGGGAUCAAAAUCGAAAAGUUCGUGUUCGACGUGUUUCAGUUUAGUGAUAGGUUCGUCACGUGGGAGGUGCCAAGAGGGAGUGAGUUUAGUGCAAUGAAGAACGACGAUGGGGUGGGGAAGGACUGUCCUAAGACUGCUCGCGAGGACUUGUUGGCUUUGCAUAGGACGUAUAUUGAGGGGGCGGGGGGCGUGGUUAUGUCGCGCGAGGUGGAAAUCUCGCCGUUGUUGUCGUACGAAGGGGAGGAGCUUGAAAGUCGCGUCAAAGGUAGAGUGUUCACGGAGCCAACCGUGUUGUUGGGGGAGGAGGAAAUGAGUAUUAAUGGCGGCGAGGAAUAACACGGCCCCGCCUACUUAUUGUAUAUACACGUACUCACGUACUACUUACGGUGGUGGUUCUAUUCCAGUUGUACAUAAUCGCUAUUAAUUUAUACACACGUCACUAAACAAUGAAUAAAUGACCAAA